UUUGACAAUGUCUCCUACAAUAAACAAUAAUAUAUUAAUUUUACUAUCAAUUAACAAACUAAACAAAAUGUUGUGAUUAAACCUUAAACAAAACCGGCUCAUCAAAGUUUCGUAAAUUAAAUGCAUAUUAUAAACAAACUCGUGAUCUAUUUAGUUACUUGUGGCUUCGGCCUGUUGCUGUUCUACAACGUAAAACUACCAGAAUCGAAUCUAGCACUGGGAGCAAAUGAUUCAGUACGGAACUACGAUGCAUUAUUCAAUUAUAAACAUUUUGCAUCCGCCUUAGUGCACAAGAACCGAACCCUACAACCCAGUAACAUUUGGUGCAUAUUCGCAAAAAUCGAUAAAAACACAGAACUCAAAACCAAAUUCAAAACAUUCCUCACCAGCCUCCUAACCUACAGCUCGAUCCCUUUACACUUGCAUGUUAUAACAGAUGUAACGAGCAAACCCGAAGGCGAUAGUAUUAUAAGAAAUAUCAUUAGCAAGAAUAAGAAAAAGGUGCUGUUCACUUUCUACGAUGUGCACGAGAGUGCUGAGAAAAUCAGUGAUAUUGUUAAGACUUUAACGCCACAUUUUAGCUCUCAGCCGGGGAGCUAUUAUAGCGAUGCCUUGUUUUAUAUAUCGAUGGGGCUGCAUAGGAUUGCACCCGUUAGUAUGUAUAAGGCUAUAUUAAUAGACUGUGAUGUCAAAAUUAGGGGUGAUAUUAAGGAACUCUUUCAAGAGUUUAAUAAAUUUAAUGGUAAACUUUUUGGGCUGGCUCCAGAGUUGACACCUGUUUAUAGACAUGUUUUAUAUCAAUAUCGACAAGUACAUCCUGAAACAACAUUUGGAAGUCCUUUUAAACAUAGAACAAAUUCUGAAACAAACGUUACAUCGAUUAGAACUAAUGGUGCUAAAAAUCAACAAGGAUUUCCAGGUUACAAUUCAGGCGUAGUGCUCCUAAACCUCCAAGCAAUACGAACUUCAAAACUAUACUCCAACCUUCUUUCCAAUGAAUCUGUAAAAAACCUCACAGACAAAUAUUACUUCCGAGGGCACCUCGGCGACCAGGAUUAUUACACAAUUCUAGGAUACGAACAUCCUGAAUUGUUUCAAACUAUCGAUUGCACUUGGAAUCGUCAGCUCUGCACCUGGUGGAAAGACAGAGGGUACGUUGAGGUAUUUGAUGAAUAUUUUUAUUGUCCGGGUAAGGUUAAAUUGUAUCACGGUAAUUGUAAUACGAAUAUACCAACGGAUUAGUGGAAAAAGGGGGUAAAGGGAGUAAAGGACACAUUUUUGCCUUUUAGAUUAAUUUUUACGUAUAAGUGAUAUUUUGCAAUCUUGAAAAGAUUGGAUUACGUAAUUAUAUAUGUUUUAUUAAG